AUGUCUUGGCAGCCUGCCCCCGAGUCCUUGAGGCAGCUUGCCGCGUGCCUCAAGGACUCCCUCAGUGGCUUCGACAAGAAUGCGCAGAAACAGGCCGAGCUGAUGCUUAAACAAGCGAAAAGCUCACCUGAUAUCAACAACUACCUCGCCUACAUUCUUUCCAGCCCCGAGCCCCCCGAGGGCGUCGCCUUUUCCCAGUCCGAAUAUCAUCUUGUCCGCUCUGCCGCUGGAAUCAUGCUCAAGAACAAUCUCAAGUCGGACUUUAAGUCCAUCCCCGAGUCGAGUCUGCAGCUUAUCAAGCUCGCCAUACCGAUUGCCCUGCAAGACAAGAACACCCAAAUCCGCAACUUUGCUGGCAAUGUCGCGACCGAGAUUGUUCAACGCGGUGGCCUGUUGGGCUGGCCAGAGCUGCUUCCUCAGCUGAUUGAGACCUUUGGAAAUGUCUCUGGACAAGUUUCGAACGAGGCUCAAGAGGGUGCCAUGUCCGCCAUGUCCAAGAUUUGCGAGGACAACACCCGCCUACUCACGAAGGAAGUCAACGGCCAGCGACCUCUCAACUACGUCCUCCCGCAGCUAAUUGCUGCCACCAAGAGCCCCCUCUCUAAGGUCCGAAUUGGCGCUCUGACAGCGAUCAAUGUCUUUACUCCUCGCGAAUCGCAAGCCAUGAACAACUCCAUCGAUGAUCUUCUCCAGCACCUGUUUACCCUCGCCAACGACGAAAGCGCCGAUGUCCGCAGACAGGUCUGUCGCUCUUUUGUCUCACUGGUGGACCGCCGGCCCGAGAAGCUUAUCCCACAUAUGGCUGGCCUGGUGGACUAUACUAUCCGUCAACAAAGAAGUGAAGAUGAGGAACUCUCCUGCGAAGCGGCCGAAUUUUGGCUCACCGUCGGUGAGCACGAAGACCUCUGGCAACAUCUCCGGCCCUACAUCGAACAGAUUAUCCCUCUCCUUCUCGAGUACAUGGUUUACAGCGGUGAUGACAUUGCUCUUCUCGGCGGCCAGUCCGAUGACGAAGACGAGGAGGAUAGAGCGGAAGAUAUCAAGCCAGCAUUUGCAAAGAAGAAUCUGACUCGCGCGCUCAACGGCGACGGCACCAUGACUCCUAACUCUGCCAAGGGCGGGUAUGAUGCUGUGGCGGGCAUGGAGGAUGACCUGGAAGACGGCGAGAUCGAUGAUGACGACGACGAUGGCGACGAGAAUCCCGACCAGCGAUGGACGGUCCGCAAGUGCUCUGCAGCGGCGCUUGACGUGUUCGCUAGAAACUUUGGCGCGCCCGUCUUCGAAUUUAUUCUGCCUUACCUCGAGCGAAACCUCAAGCACGAGGACUGGCCUCAGCGCGAAGCUGCUGUAUUGGCACUGGGCGCUGUUGCCGAAGGUUGCGAGAGCGCCAUCCUGCCCCAUUUACCAAUGCUGGUUCCGUAUCUGAUAUCUCUCCUGACGGAUCCCGAGCCGGUCAUCCGCACCAUCACCUGCUGGACUCUGGGCCGCUACUCUGGCUGGGCAGCUGCUCUGCCUGAGUCUCAACGAGAUCAGUACUUCCUGCCUUUGAUGGAUGGUAUUUUGCAGAAGAUGCUUGAUAGAAACAAGAAGGUGCAAGAAGCCGGCGCCUCGGCCUUUGCCAACGUCGAGGAGCGUGCUGGCAAGGCCUUGAUUCCUUUUACGGAGCCUAUUGUCAAGCAAUUUGUCAUUUGCUUCCAAAAAUACAAGGACCGCAACAUGUACAUUUUGUAUGACUGUGUGCAGACUCUUGCAGAGCAGGUUGGCCCCACGCUUGCUGCACCCCAGAUUGCGAAGGGCCUGCUGGAUGCCCUCUUGGCACGCUACAGCAUCUUGAACGACGAAUCUCGCGAAAUGUUCCCGCUGCUCGAAUGCCUGUCUUACGUCGCCCUUGCUAUGGACACGGCAUUUGCCCCGUACGCUGGCCCGAUCUUCCAGCGCUGCAUCAGCAUUAUCCACAACAACUUGGAGCAAUCGCUGGCCUCUGUGACCAACACCGCAAUUGAUGCUCCGGACAAGGACUUUUUGAUUACUAGCUUGGACCUUCUGAGUGCUAUUAUCCAAGCUCUGAACCCCGAGCAAGCUACACAAUUGGUGAGCAGCUCACCACAGCCCCUGUUUGAGCUUCUGAGCUUCUGCAUGGAGGAUCCUACGGAUGAAGUGCGUCAAUCAGCUUACGCCCUGCUUGGUGAUUGCGCCAAGUUUGUCUUUCCACUUCUGGAGCCACAUCUACCCAAACUCCUGCCAUUCCUCGUCAAGCAGCUGGACAUGGACGAGGUCUUGGACGAGGAAAUCGAAACUGGAUUUGGAGUCGUUAACAAUGCAUGCUGGUCGGCUGGCGAAAUUGCUGUGCGAUACGGUGACGGCAUGGCUCCCUUUGUCCGGGAUCUAAUGACCAAAUUUGUGGACAUGAUGAACAACCCACGAGUGCCCCGUAGUCUUGCAGAGAAUGCUGCGACUGCGCUCGGUAGACUUGGGCAAAAGAAUGCGCACCUUAUGGCUCACGGGCUAGGGAACUUUGCCGGUGCGUACCUCCAAGCGAUGGACGACGUUGUUACAAUGGACGAGAAGGCGUCGGCGAUGAAGGGGUUCACCGCCAUUGUUCGGGAGAACCCGCAGGCUAUGGAGCCAGUACUUCUCGACUACUUCCGCACUAUUGCCAACUACAACAUGGAUCUGCAGAAUCCUUUGAAGCAGGAACUUCAUGCUGCUUUCCAAGAUAUUCUCAGCAUUUACAAGGCCAAUAUUCCUCAAUUUGACAGAUUUAUCGGGCAGCUCGAUGCCAGUCUUCAGGAAAACCUGAGGACGAGAUAUAGUCUUUAG